CUUUGAUGUCCGACCUUUGGUGUCUUGAAAGGCAAAAUUUCAACUCUCAACAAUCAUUUAUUUGAGAAUUUAAGAGAUCAAUGAAAGGUUGAAGUGGAAGAGUUUAGAAAUGAGUCAAAUUUCAUCUGGAAUUGUUUGUGGUGGUAACAUUGGCACCAACUAUAUGGUACCAUUAUCGUUACCUUCAUCAUCAUUUGCUUCUUUGUCUUUUAACAGCUUCAUCCAGCACAAAGAACUGGUUUUGGGAUAUUGGGCACCUAGCAAUCAUAAAAAUGGCCUUAAACGAAGGAGAAGAGAACAUGGGGUGGUGGCAUCAAGCAACGUUGCUUCACCAUCCAUAUGGGAUGAUUGGAAACCUCUUAAAGCCUCUUCCACCCCUUCCCUCAGUGACAUUCUUUGGCCUUCUGCUGGGGCAUUUGUAGCAAUGGCAAUAUUAGGAAAGCUGGAUCAGUUAAUGGCACCAAAAGGACUCUCAAUCACGUUUGCACCGUUGGGGGCAGUUUCUACUCUCCUCUUUGCCUCUCCCACCGUCCCUUCUGCACGGAAGUACAGUGUGUUCAUGGCUCAAAUAGGUUGUGCAGCAAUUGGUGUUUUGGCAUUCACAAUAUUUGGACCCGGAUGGCUGGCUAGGAGUGCUGGCAUUGCGGCAUCUAUUGCUUACAUGAUUUACACCAACAGUGUUCAUCCCCCAGCCGCAAGCAUGCCAUUGCUUUUCAUUGAUGGUGCUAAGUUCCAUCACAUGAAUUUCUGGUAUGCUUUGUAUCCUGGGGCUGCAGGAUGCAUUCUGCUUUGUUUGAUGCAAGAGCUGGUUGUGUAUUUGAAGAACAAUUUCAAAUUUUGACCACUGCUCUUCACAUUGAUACAUCUCUCCUACAUUGGCAAUCUCUUCAAAUUUAAUUUACUAAAGAUCAUUCUUUGAUCAGAAUCACGACUGUAAGUAGAGGGCAUGCCAUGCUCCCAACCAAAAAUAAAUUUGU